UUUAUUCAGUGUGCGAUAGUCGCUCGAACCUGCUGCACGUUGUGUAGUUUCUGUUAUUGGAUUAUCUCUGCCAGCGAUGUCUGCUUUUCCUCCUACAUUCUUGCUCAGUGUGCUGCUGUUCUCCCCGGUUUGGGCCGGCUGGUACGAUGGCUACAGUUGCCACAGUCGCACCGCCGAAGUGUGCAGAGUGAAGGAUGUGACCCUGGACACUGAGCGGGCAGUGCAAACGGCAUCCUUUAGUGACGUUCGCGAUCCACUCGUGAUCGAAAGUGGAACGAUCGUACAUUUUUCCCGCGAGCUAGCAAACAAGCUGCCCGGCAUUUUCGACCUCACCGUCGAUAAGUUGGGCAUAGUGCAGCUCUUCAUACGUCCUAGCCUGGUGCAUCUAUCGGCGGUAGAUAACGCUAUCGAUAAGCUGCUGCUGGACGAGACGACCGACGAGGGAUACAGCAUGCUAACGCUCCAUCUUUCCUACAACAAGCUGAAGGAACUUCCUUCGCUCGAUCGUUUCACACGGCUCAUGACACUGGCGGUGGAUAACAACGUGCUCUCGACCAUCGAUAUGGCCACGUUCAGCCGGCUGAAGGCACUGCGUGUGCUUACACUCGCCCACAAUCGACUGCUGACGGUGAGCUCGCCGGCCGACACACCGAUCCAGCUGGUCAAGCUGGGGCGUCUCUCGUUCGCGGGCAAUCAGCUCCCGCUGAUCGACAUCCGAACGUGGGAGUUUGACUCCCUGCGCGAACUGAACCUCACCAGCAACAGUAUGAACCGUGUCGAGGGUAAUCUGGCUCAAUUUCCAGCCCUCAAGGUGCUCGAUAUCGCCGGCAAUCGGUGGUACUGUGAGUGGUUGCUGAUGGUGCAUUCCCACCAGGAGUCGCAUCGACUCACGCUCGACGCCGAUCAACCCGGUCGGUGUCGGGAGGAGAACAUGAUGACGUCCCAUCAGCACUGCUGCAAUCCGGCCGGUGCGGAAGGAUCCGGGCUGAUCGACGUCUACGGCGACAAGUGGGACGAGCUGAAGCGACUAACACAGCUGCUCAACACACUGAAUGCCACCAUCGCCAAUGGGUCCGCCUCGGUGAAGCACGUGCUGGAAGCGCAGCUAAAAACGCUCAACACACAGCUGUCGAAGCUGCUGGAGGUACAGGCGGACCACGGGACCGAACUGAAGCUGAUCGAGGGAGGCAUCGAUCGGCAGAAGGACAAAACCGUCACGCUGGAAACGGUGCUUCAGGAGAAGGUGGAUCAGCUUCGGCAGAUAGUGGACGCACGCUGGAACCUUACGAGGGACGGCGGGGAUGUGGCCGAUUGGCCGAUCGAUCAACUGUCGAUCAACACAACGACAACAAACUGGCCCUCGAUCGCGGCAAACAAUGAGAAAACGCUGGGAAAACUGCGCGAACUGCUCGAAACGACGACCAGGCAGUUCAACAUGUACUCCAGCAGGUCGUACGACCAGCAAGCGUUGCUCAGCACUCACAUGGAGCGUGUAAACACAGUACAGGGAGAGCUGGAUAAGGUGAGGCUGAACGGGCAGGAGAUUCAGCAGCAAUUGUCCAAAUUGGAGCCGACCGUAGAUCUAAUCUACUCCUUUCUAAAAGAUGUAAGGGAAGGGUGUGGUGAGGAGCUAGAUUAA